AGAUUUUUACAACAGAAACAACAAACAACCUAACAAAAUGAUGAAUCAGGAUAAUCCUUAUGCGAUGAAUCAGACUUGCAAGGUCUGUGGAGAGCCGGCAGCGGGUUUUCAUUUUGGCGCCUUUACUUGCGAAGGUUGUAAGUCCUUCUUCGGCCGCUCUUACAACAAUCUCUCCUCCAUCAGCGAUUGCAAGAAUAACGGUGAAUGCAUAAUCAAUAAGAAGAAUCGCACCGCCUGCAAAGCUUGCCGCCUACGCAAAUGCCUGCUUGUGGGUAUGUCCAAGAGUGGUUCACGUUAUGGCCGACGUUCGAACUGGUUCAAGAUACAUUGUCUUCUACAAGAGCAACAGCAGCAAGCAGCGGCAGCAAUGGCAGCACAUCAUAAUAAUCAGCAGCAGGCAGCGGUGGCAGCCGCCCACGCAGCGGCACAACAUGGUGGACCACCACUUAUGCCGGGGCAGAAACCACCAGUGCCGCACGGCUUGUCACCACAUGGACCGCCCAGCAGCGCUGCAGCAGCUGCCGCACUUGGCAUGCUGGGUCAUGCAGGUGCCUACCCGGGACUCUAUCCGCCACGCACAAAGGAGGAAUUGCUUAUGUUGGGACUCGAAGAAUACGCUGCGGCAGCAGCUGCAGCCAAACAUCCAGCCACAGCAUCACCAGCCGUCAGCUCACCAGAUUCGCACAAUUCAGACAACUCAUUAGAAAUGAGUACGCGUGGUAGCGCUGGCGCCAAUGCGUUGCUACACUUAAGCGCUAAACAUGCUCCAGAAGCGGGCGGUGCGUCUGCGACAGCGCCGCCACCACCGCAACUACGCAAAGACUUGCCACAUUUCCUGCCGCUGCCGUUCCCCGGACUCGGUUCGUUGCCAGUCAUGCCACCACCUGCCUUCCUACCGCCGUCACACUUGCUCUUUCCUGGCUAUCAUCCAGCCUUGUACUCACAUCAUCAAGGGCUGCUCAAAACUUCAGCGGAACAACAACAACAACAGGCCGCCGCGGCUGCUGCCGCUGUGCAUCAAUUAUUCAAUUCAAAUAAUGUUACGCAAAAUCGUUUACCACCCGCGAUGCAAGCGCCCAGCUCACCAUUGACAACGGCUACCACUGCGCCAUACAGUAAUAAGUUGGAUGCUUGUAAGGAUGCGGAGCGCGUAACGCAAAGUUCGAAGUGUGGUGACGCGCUCAACAACAAUCAUAUACCCAACGGCAGCAAGGCGGCAGAGGAGCUCACGAAGCGUUUCUAUUUAGACGCUGUGCUCAAGUCGCAGCGCAAUAGUCCGCCGCCAACAACAACGAAAUUGCCCGAACAUCCGAAACACGAUUACUCCAUCUCCGCUCUAGUGACGCCGAAUUCAGAGAGCGGCCGCGAGCGUUUACGUAGUCGGCAAAGCAACGACGAAGACGAGGAAUGUGAGGAGCGGAAUGAUAUUACGCGGCGUUCCACAACUGCUGCUAAUGAUGCGCAUGCGCUUAUAGGCAACGGUGGUGAUACUGACGAACGGGCCAAGGCGCAGUGCGAUAAUGAUGAAGAUGACGAGGAGGAACUGGUCGUGUCAAUGACGCCGCCGCAUUCGCCUGUGAAUAAUCGCACACUCAACAGCGGCGCGGAUAAUAGUACCACUGCGACUAAUAUAAACAAUACUAACAACAACAACACCACGCCCGCCACUACACCAACGCCAGCUGUGGCGACGCUACCGACCGUCUCCCCCACUGCGGCAAAGUCGUCACAUCAACAGGACAACCCAAUUGAUUUGAGCAUGAAAACAUGCAGUUCAGUGGCAAGCAGCUCGCUUAGUAGCAAAUGCAGCUCCACUGGCUCUGUGCAAGCAACCGACAGCGACAACGAAAUCGAGUGUGUAGGUGAGCAGGAAGAACAGACGAAGUGUCGACAACACAGUAAAGACGCCGAAAAGCAAAUGCAAAGUUUCAAGCCGCUUGCGGAGUGCGCGGUGGAACCAUUACUCCAGGUGGAGAUUGAUGACUCGGAUAAACCAAUUGACACAAGGCCGCUAAAGUUAUGUGACAACAACAAAAACAACAAUAAUAAUGACAACAAUAGCGCUAACAAUAAUAAUAACGGCAACAAAAGUAAUAACAGCAAAAACAACAGUAAUAACAGCAACAACAACAGUAAUAACAGCAACAACAAUUCAACGCAGCUUAUCAACUCAAGCGAUAGCGAUGAAAGCGUUCUGCAGUUGGACACCGUGAAGCGUAAGUUACAGCCCGUUAGCAGCAAGCCGUCAGAAGGUGAUGUGCUGAGCGCCAAGCGUUUGAAAUUGAGCGCUGCGGCCACGGCGUUGGAGUGCGUCGCCAAUAUAAAAACAGGUGUAGACGAUUUUGUCGGCACGGCGUCUAAAGCAACAACAACUACACCAUUGGAUUUGACCACUAAGGUUUAGACUUUCUUUAUGGAGUGAAAAUAUUAGUUUAAAUAUUUUAGUUUCUUGUUUUUGUAGAUCAUUUUUAUAAAGUAUAUUUGUUUAUAAAAAUUUUCAAAAAUUUUGUUGAGGCCACUAUUUAGUUUGCCUGGACAUUUAACUUUACUAUUAUACCUACCUGUAGAUAUUUCAUU